AUGCCAAGGCCCAGGGGGGUGGCACUGGCCAGGAGGCGGCGGCGGGGUGCAGGGGUGCCCUCCAGCGCCAGCGCUGCCCCGCGCGGCACGGCUGCAGCGGGUGCCAUGAGCGCCCAGCUGGCCCCCGCGCUGCCCCUGUCGCCGCGCCUCCGUGCGCGCGCGUCCACGCUGCCGCUCGACCUCGGGAGCUCCCACGGGGCGUCCUGGCAGCGGCCGCCCGCGCACGGCUCGCGGGUGGCCGCGCUGGCGAGCGGGCUCCAGGCGUCCGGCGACGCCCGCGUGCCUGGGGGCUCCGAGCCCAGCUCCGAGUCCAGCCACGCGGCCAGCCAGGUCCAGUCGCGGGGCUCCCUCAAGGGCGGCCUGCGCCACGAGGCCAAGGAGGGCGGCCGGCGCGAGGUGCGCUUCUCGAUGAGUGCGGUCGACCUGGCGCGGGCGUCGUCGAAGCGGGCGGAGCGGGCGGCCGAGUGGGCGGAGCCGGAGCGGCGCGGCUCGCUCUCGCUGGCGGGCGACGGGCUCCUGCGGCGCUGCCACUGGGGCUGCGGCGCGGCGCGGGACCUGUGCCCGCACGGGCCGGAGGGCGCCUGCGGCGCCGCGGCGCAGUGGGCCGAGGACGCCUUCGCGAGCGCCAGGAGGGCCGCGGGCUCCCUCCGCUGGGGCCAGGUGCGGCGCCAGCUGGCCGAGGUGCCGCAGCAGGUCAUGGACUCCCCGACCAAUGUGGUCAUGGCCGUGCUGGUGCUGGCCACCCGGGAGCGCCGCUGA